AUGUCCACCACCGUCCAUGAUAUCCUCCAUGGCGAGAUUCAUCACUCCGACCACCACCACCCUGACGGGGGUGUCGAAGAAUCCGAGCACGAGCUUGUAGGCCCCGGUGCUCGUCAGCACGACAAUGUGCGGUAUGUUCUCGUCACAUCGGACAUGCUUGCCCAGCUCAAUGGCAAAGAAGUCGUUUCGGGCCAGCUUCCCCCCGGCAGUUACCCACCAUCCUCUCCCGACUCGAGCAUUAUCAUCAACCCCAAGUCGGAGGUCAAGCACGUUGAGAGGGCUCAGAGCCCCAGUGCACUGGCUGUUUCGGAGCCGACCUACCUGCCAAACCCACUUGCACGAUUCCGGUUCUUCUUCCGCGAGUACUUUGGCGAGUUUAUCGGCACGAUGAUCCUCCUCAUCUUUGGUAACGGCGUAAACUGUCAGGCUGUCCUCAGCAACUGGACUCAGGGUAGCUACCUUUCGAUUUCUUUCGGUUGGGGAAUUGGUGUCAUGUUUGGUAUCCACGCUUGUGGCGGCAUUUCUGGCGGUCACCUCAACCCCGCUGUCACCAUUUCCAUGGCUAUCUUCCGAAAGUUCCCUUGGCGCAAGGUACCCGGCUAUGCUCUUGCCCAAAUCCUCGGCGCGUGUGUCGGCUCGUGCCUUGUCCAAGGCAACUACCACGCUCUCCUCAACCAGUUUGAGGGCGGUUACAACAGGCGUACCUAUGGCCUUGAGACCUCCACUGCCACACUCUUCUUCACCGAUGCCAAGCCCUAUAUGUCCAACGUCGGUUCCUUCUUCUCCGAGUUUUUCGCCACUGCUGUCCUCCUCGGCAUGAUCUGCGCCGUCACCGACUCCAACAACAACCCCGCCCCACCUGGAAUGAACGGUGUCAUCGUCAUGUUCCUCAUCAUUGGUAUUGGUGCCGCUCUUGGCACCGAGACCGCCUAUUGCCUGAACCCUGCACGUGACCUCGGCCCUCGCAUCGCUUGCGCCAUCUUUGGCUACCCUUCCAAGAUCUGGACCUACCGCAAGGCCUACUGGGUCUACGUCCCCAUCAUUGCUCCCAUCUUUGGUGGCAUGCUCGGCUGCCUUGUUUACGACUUUUUCAUCUACUCGGGUCGUGACAGCCCGCUCAACUGGGCGUGGGGUAGGAAGAAGGCCACCACUGAGGAGUCUCCUCGUCAGUUGGAAAAUGCUUAA